AAUAAAGAAAGCUAAUGGGCCUUACUAAAGGUGAGGUAAACCCUAGCUCCACACUGAAUCAUCAUCUAUAUAAAAGCAGAAACCUAGCUGAAACAAGUGACUGCGACGCCGGAGAUCAGCAAUGGGAGCGUACAAGUAUGUAUCAGAGCUAUGGAGGAAGAAGCAGUCGGAUGUGAUGAGGUUUGUGCAGAGGGUUAGGUGCUGGGAGUAUCGCCAGCAGCCUUCCAUUGUCCGUCUCGUCAGGCCUACUCGUCCCGACAAAGCCCGUCGUCUCGGCUACAAGGCCAAGCAGGGGUUUGUUGUUUACCGUGUUCGUGUGAGACGUGGAGGUCGCAAGAGGCCUGUUCCCAAGGGUAUUGUGUAUGGUAAACCCACUAACCAGGGAGUGACACAGCUCAAAUUCCAGCGCAGUAAGAGGUCUGUUGCUGAGGAACGUGCUGGUCGCAAACUUGGCGGCCUCAGGGUCGUUAACUCCUACUGGCUCAAUGAGGACUCUACCUACAAGUACUACGAGAUUAUUCUUGUGGACCCUGCACACAAUGCUGUCCGAAAUGAUCCAAGGAUCAACUGGAUCUGCAACCCAGUGCACAAACACAGAGAACUGAGAGGGCUCACCUCAGAGGGAAAGAAGAAUCGUGGUCUUCGUGGAAAGGGUCACAGAAACCACAAGAACAGACCUUCCCGCAGGGCUACUUGGAAGAAGAACAACUCCCUCUCUCUCCGUCGUUACCGGUGAUCUGCUUUUAUGUUUUGUUUUUUUUUGCUUGCUCGAAUGGUAUAUCUUCUGUGUGGAUUUGGUGUCAGAAUUCAAGAAUUUCAUUUGUAUGGAAGAAUAUUUUACAUUCAAGAGUUUGUGUUCCAAUUUUAAGUUCCUUCAA